AGCAACUGGGGAAAGGCAGCUCACAGCUGGGAGAAAGUUUCCCUGCAGAGAAGGAAGCCCCCUUCCCCCUUCCAGGAGGCAGGGCAGGUUGGGACCUGCAGGAGACUCUGAGCCAGGGCCUUGCUUCUCCUUGUGGGGACAGGGAGAUGUGGAGGUGAGAACUCCUGCAGCAGGGGCCAUACAAAAGGAGAGCCUCGAAGAUGAAAAGUGGUUUUAUUGCCCCUCCCCUUCCACCUGGCCACAUGGCUCCCUCUUCGGCAGAGAGACCAGAGUAUUCGACAGUCACUUUCAGCUCCUGCCUGCUGCAAUGGAGUUUAGCAUCCAUUGUCCCUGUCCUGCUCACGGUUCUCCUGCUCCUUCUCUGCAUCCCCUUUAAAAGGAAAAACCGAAGUUUUUCCAUCAGACCCAUCGAGAGACGUGUCAACUCCUCCAAGCUCAUCAGAGUGACUCAGCUAGGAGACCAAUCAGCCAGCAGUCCCGCAGGGAAGCAACCAAAGGCUGGAACAACCAUGCAGGAAGGCAGCUCGUUGCCCAGCGACCCGGGAGCACCAGCCCAAAGGCAGAUAAAUGGCUUCACUGGAAACUCCCAUCCUCAGCCAGGAGGCUCCAGCCGCACAAAGGAUUUGGACUCCUCUCCAGCAAACCAUCGAGGGGAGAGAGAAUCCAGAGCAGCGGCCCUGGGUGUCUUGGGAAGCAGCUCCCCAACCGCUUCUCAGAAAAACUCAACUGCCCCAGAGGGUUUGCAGCUCCGGGAGCUCCCAGCAGCUCCAAGGAAUGUGCAAGUAAUGACUGCAGAGCAGCCUAGUUCCAGUCAGGACGCAUAUGGUCCAAUCUACGAAAGCAUCAGGGAUAAAGGAAUCACUUGCUGCCGAGGGAGUUUGUACGAACUACGUGCUGGCACCGCAGAGGGCCCCAAUAUGAACUCAGGCCAUGUUACUGCAGGGGGUGAGGAGAGUGAGCCGGGGGAAACACUGCCACGACGCACUAGCAAACAGGAGCAGCUUGUGGGUGAUGGUUCCAGUGGGGACCCCAGGGAGUCACCUCAGGAGUGGCAGGAACUUGCCUUGGAGGAAGAUGCCGUGAACGAGUCCUUGACUGAAAGGGAGAAGAAGCUAAGGGCGAUGUAUGCGCGAGUGUGUAAGAAAUCCAGGUCCCCCGGGCACACACCACCUGCAAACCCAGACGCGUCCACAGAGCCGGAAGAGGAGGAGCCUCCACCCCUACCAGAAAAGCACCUGGAUGAGAUCUAUGAGACCCUGGGGUCUGAGACGCAGGACAGUGAGGUGCCAACCGUCAUAGCCCAGCCAGAAGAAUGAGGAGCCCCAACUUCCGGGGAAGGCUACAUCGAGUGCAGCGAGAACUCCAACCCUGACUGGCCCUACCGGGAGAGGCAGACGUUUCCUGACCUUUCGUGCAGGGAUGCCAUGAAGCCACGCCUGACACUAAAGCAUCCCCAGCUCCUGCCCCUACCCUGUUAACGGUAUUACCCGGAUACACCAAGGACUUCCUUAGAGAUCUCAGUUAGGAAUGUCCCGCUGACACUGAUGUCGCAUUGUCGACAGCUCUAUCAAAGGUGAUGGAACAGCAUGUCUUACCCAGAGCAGCUGUUGAAGAAACUGAUACCAAUCAUGUUUGAGCAUGGAGUGUGACAUGACAGGCUCUGAGAGUUACAGGGAGACUAAGGGAGUGAUAGAUCUCCACUAGUAUCCUCCUGAGACCUACACACUGGGAAGGGAUGUCUGCACUUUUGGAGACACUGUUGUACAGAAACUGCCAGAUCCCUCCCUCUUACCCAACUGUUACUCCAGGGUUUGAAAGCCAGCGCUGUACAACAGCGUGGUACAAUAGCUGUGCACUCAGCUGUGAUGAAGUCUUGGCUAUUAACUGAAUGCCCUUGAGGAGGCAUUCCCUGGCUGGGUGCAGCAAGGUUUCAGAAAUGAAGAGCGUGUCUGGGAAGUCCCAAGGGGAAAGCAGAACGAGCAGGGUGAUUUCAGUACAUUAUGCAGGCAGGACAAAUCAGUCUAGGUCACCAUGUCCCACAGGGCUUUUGGAGGUGGCUUUUGGAAACUCGGGUCUAAUUCUGUAGGAGCCCAGUGGUUUAUCAGACCAAAUAGUAACUUACCAAAUUUCUCUUUCUUCAGCACUUGGUCUGGGAAUUAAUAGCCCUGCUGUGAUCUGAACUUUAGGGCCUUCUGAUAGUAAUCUGUAGCCUUAUCUCAGUUUCCCCCUGAAUCUGCUCUCUGAUACUGGCAUAAAUCCACUGACUUCAGUAGUGUUACUGCUGAAUUACACGUGCAGAGGAGAAUUGGGCCCAGUACUCUACUUGAGCUAAAAUCUACUGUCAGCAUGUCCCAGCCUGGCUUACCCAUUUUGAGUACGUCAUGACUAUAGAAACUGAUGCAUUGUGACUGUUAGUUAGUAUGAUCCCAGUAACUUUGUCAAAGUGCCGAUGGGGACAUUGUUCAGAACUGCAUCCGAUAGUGUUUGGUGCAAGGGGAAGGGCCAUCCCUUCUCCGUUAUCAACCCGGUUAUUCAGAGUUAAGACAAACAAAUAUCUGAGCCAAGCCUCCGAAAAGCAUUUUGCGGGAAAUGGCUGGGGGAUGUGCCAGGGAAUUCUGCCCUCCCUCCGCUAGCUGUCCUGAAAAUAAACCCAAAAAAGGUGAGUGUGUUCAUAUUAUAAGGAGGCAUCAAGAUCAAGACCCAUCUGAAGUCUGUCUCCCACCCACAAGAACUGGCAAAUAAUGUUUUACAGGGACUCUUAAAGCUUGGCUACCUAGCAAAGAGCUCACACAACCAUCUCUUAAGCAAAAAUUUCCAUCAUUCUGCUCUGCCCGGGGCUAUGAAAAUCAACAGGGUAAGAAACCAUUCUCACUGUGAAAUGUGUAUAUUUUUUCAUUUGUAUUAAGGUUCUGUUUGUAAGUAGUUUUUAAAUGGUUUAUCAGUGAUUAAUAAAUGGUUCAGAGAUUGUUACAG